CAGGUCAACCAGAAAAGAUGGAGAAUGCAUACAGAGUUGAACUGCAAGGCGAUUUGAUUGGAGUUAAAUUAGUUAAAARUAAGUCUUUCGAGCCAGAAGGUUUACCAAUGGAAUCUGUAGUUAAUUUAGGAGACUCCAGCAACGAUCCAGAGAGGAUUGAUGAAAUAGCUGAAGGCGAAGAUGAUGAUCCUAUGGAUGAGAAUGAAGAAGAAGAGGAAGAGGAAGAAGAAGAAGAGGAAGAAGAAGAGGAAGAAGAAGAAGGAGUUGAUGAUAAUUUAACGACUUCUAGAGCAAGGAAGAAGAAAAACCAGAAAUUCAUAUUUUCGUUGAAGCAAAGAAGUUGGUUUAUAGACAAUUUCACAUAUUCAUCAGGUUCAUUUGUCUCAAAACAAGAAAUUGCAUCAGGGUUUUURAAAGCACACCCUGAAUCAAGACCUUUGCCAGUUGCUACAAUAGGCAAAAUAGUCAAGGUCAUAUGGGGAAACAAUAUUAGACACACAAGAAGAAGACUGCACAAUCCUCCUGACGAUAAAAGAAGAAAAGCUGGGUAUUUAAAUCUGAUGAGAAAAACAAUUAAUCAAGAUCAAGUAGCCAAACUGUCUCAAUCAAUCUUUUGUCUGCCAUUAUCAGACCUCUUAAUCCCAGGCUGGACAGUAGAAACGUUUCUUUCCCCAUUUGGUAUUAGAUACCGAAAAGCCCUACAACAACUUUAUGUUGAUAAACAUGCAGCUAUACUAGAAGUCUACUUUAGUUUGCAUGAGGAACAUACAGGAGAGAAAAACAUUAAUGAUGGUAAAGUUGCCAAUCAAAAUGAUGAUGAGAGAAGCUGUAAUCCCAGGGGUAUUCAAUCUGAUCUUGAUAACUYUAAUACUGCUAGCAGUUAUAGCAAUGCAGAUAGUGACACCAGCAACACAGUGGAUCCAAUGAGAACACUAUGUGCCAAUAUACUAUGCAAUGGCCAAGUAAUUAGUGCACAAGAUUUAGACAUAUGGGAUAACAAAAGUGUUCCCACUUUGGGGAAAGUGAAAUCCCUUUUGGAAGUUCUUAAUAACUCCAAAAUCUGUUUGGGUUGUGAUGUAAUGGAAUCUUGGAGAUCUGUUGGUAUUGAGCGUCUUAAUCCAAAGGAAAAMGUUGUGGUGGUACACAAAUCUUUUGAGGAUAUUCUUUCAAACAAGGGAAAGAAAAGCCUUAUUUCCACUGAUUGCAAAAUAUUAUUACCACCUCUACAGGGUUGCUGCGAAAAUUGCAAACAGAUAUUUAAUGUSGUAAAAAUGAGGGAAAGCAGAUUUCAAAACUGCAAUCAUAAAAUUGACAUCUACAAAAAUAAUUCCAAAAUGACAAGAGCAGAACUGGAAGAAAAGAUAAAGAGGCAAAGCACAGAAAUAGCAAAAUAUAAAAGCAGGGAGAAACGGUUACAACAAAAAUUAUCAGAGGUUAAUGGUACAGAUUCUGAAGCCUAAUCUACAGAUAGCGAUAGCUCAGCUGCAGAUGAAGAGUAAGCUGAAUUUGAGAGUUGAAUGAUGGAGAGAAAAAAGAAAUAAAAAAAACAUAUUUCAAAAAAUUUAGAUGUGUUGAUUUGUGUUGGCAAAGGAUUUUGGAAUUCUUUUCCUUCACAUUAAGGCUUCAAAUAAAGUUUUUUGCCACUUCCCAGGAUUUAA